AUGACGACGAUGUACAGGCAAGCUCCACUUUGGCGGCUGUUCUGUUGUGCGAUACUCCUGAAAGCUGUUGGUGGAGCGAAACCAAAACAUUCCGUUCAUUUGGACCCCCACUGGGACAAUUUUAAGGCAGAACAUAAUAAAACAUACAUAAGAACUAAUGAACACCACCAUCGCUCAGCAUGGGAGGAGAACUUCCACCAUAUUAACAGACACAACGAAGAGGCUGAAGGUGGAAAACACAAUUACACGCUAAAUUUGAAUCAUUUAGCUGACAUGCCUAUACAUCUGUACAAUAGACAUUUUACAAGUCUUUCGUCAAGCAAAUUAACCAAAGAUACCGAUAUUCACACCGAUCCGUUACAACAUCAUACGAGAUCAAUUCCCGAAGAGGUUGAUUGGCGGGAAAGGGGGUUCAACACUCCCGGAUGGAAUCAGCUGGACUGCGGUGCCUGUUACGCUUUCAGUAUAGCUUCAAUGCUCGAAGGACAGCUGUUCAAAGCCACAGGAAAGUUGCACACGUUGAGCUCACAACAAAUUAUUGACUGUUCAAUCGCAUAUGGAAACCUCGGUUGCUCCGGGGGCUCUUUAAAAAACACACUGCAGUAUCUCCAGAGAGUUGGGGGAAUUAUGCAAGGAAUCGAGUAUUCGUACAAAGCGAGGAAAACAUUGUGCCAUUUUAAAAAGUUUAGAGCGGUAACUCAAAUUGAAAACAUUUCAAUACUGCCACAAUCCGAUGAACACGCACUAAAAGCAGCUGUGGCACUUAUAGGACCCAUCAGCGUAUCAGUGAAUGCAAGUCCAAAAACAUUUCAACUGUAUUCAUCUGGAGUAUACGAUGAUCCAGCCUGUUCGUCCAGCAUCGUUAACCACGCUAUGUUGCUGGUGGGGUACACGAAGGACGCUUGGAUUUUGAAAAACUGGUGGAGCUCUAAAUGGGGUGACGACGGUUACAUGUACUUGGCCCGCGGAAAGAACCAGUGCGCAGUGUCCACCUACGCGGCUUACGCUACAAUAUUACUGCCACACCACCAACCAUUACCAUCGACGCAUCAUUACGGUUGA